AGUCUGACCUGGGAAGGUUGGCACAGGAGCGUGCGGAGGAGAAAGCCCAGUGCUGCUGGGACAGAGACUCUGCGAGUGCUCACCGUUGACGUGCAUGUCCAUGGGGACAAAGAAGCCUGCCAGCUCAUGGGAGCCGGGAGAAAAAUGUGUGCUGUGCGUCCAGGGAGAUGCUGACCCAGACAUCUACGGGCGCAAAGUGAUCAUCAAUGGGAUCUAUUUCCAUGAGUUUUGUAUGAUAUUUUCUGGCGGCCUUCUUCAAGCAGCAAGAACACAGGGGGGAAAUGAAUCCUUAAGCAUGCCUGACACUAUAUUCGCAAUCAAGCAGGCAGAGCAGACGCACUGCUUCGUCUGUGGCAAGAGAGGGGCCUUCAUCACCUGCGCUGAGACAGGCUGUGACCGCAGCUUCCACCUCCCCUGCGCCUCAGAGGGUGAAUGUGUGACCCAGUACUUUGAACAGUACAGGUCCUUCUGCUGGGAGCACCGCCCGCAGCAGACAGUGGAGGCAGUGCCAGAGCAAGACACGACCUGCAUCAUCUGCAUGGACCCCGUGGGGGACAGCAGGUCAUACAGCACCAUGGUGUGCCCAUCCUGCCGACACGCCUGGUUCCACCGGGCCUGCAUCCAGAGGCUGGCCCUGCGUGCGGGCCUUACUUUGCAUUGUCCCCACUGCAAGGAUGAGAAUGAAUUUUUUGAUGACAUGAACACCAUGGGGAUCCAUAUCCCACUCAGAGGACCAGUGUGGGACAAUUCAUAUGCACAAAAGGCAGACAAGCUCAAGUGCUGCAACGCCAGUGAGUGCUGUUACCCACACGGCAGGGAGCGGGCAGGAGAGGGGUGAGUUACCUCAGCAAGCCUCUGGGGCUCUGUGUGGGACUGCAGCCUCACCACAGGCUGGGGAGCACAGGCUGAGCACCAGAGCUGUGCCGGGCACUCCCUGGCUCAGGUCACUUAGCCCUCACGGCUACAACCUGUUUGUUUACCCAGGCCCUGGGAGCUGCUCCUCUGCAGCUCCUGCGCUGCGCAAAGCACCCAUUGGCGCUGUUCCAACUUGAGUCAGAGCAGAAGCACCUGGGAGUGCAACACCUGUGCUGGAGAGGGCACCUGUAAGAGUCAAA